AGCACAUCACAGCAUCAUCAUGACAUCACUUGGAAUUUCUGCACAAUGCUCACAUGUAGAGAUGUGGCCAUGGCAACAAUGAAGAUGCAUUCUGGCCAGAUCUGGGCAGUAAGUACACGGCCUGGUCUUCAGUGAGCACUCUGAUCCAGAAGAACCUGGUGAUGAAGACCCACAACCCUGCAAGGUAUUCUCUGACAGAAGAGGGUCUGGCUUUAGGGGAGCGCCUCGAGUCUUUAGAGGGAACUAAAGGUCCAGAAGGAGACAGAGAGGAGGCCAGGAGUGAAGGAAACGAGCAGGAGGAGGGAGAGGAGGGUGGCCCGGGGUUUGUGGACCUCACUGUUAGUGAUGAUGACGAAGAGGAGAAGGAAGAGGAGAGAAUACAACCUACAGAGAGGCCGACCUCCUCUGCCCAGCCGAGGGUUGUCGUUCCUGGGAUGUUCUUUUCAGGAAAACCCCAAAAUGUACCGUCAACGAGCAGAAACCCAAAUUCAUGGAGUCUCCUUCCCGGCUCCUACGAGAUCAUCCUCUGUGUGGACUUCAUUGAGACAACCGGCGGAAGCAAAAACUGCAAGCAGGAUCUGGUCAAAGAGCUGCAGAGGAACGGAGUGACGUUCAAUGUGAGGAACCUCAACGUGGGAGAUUUCCUGUGGGUCGCUCGGGAAAAGGUCGCACCUAUUCCAGGUAACACAACGUAA